AUGAGAAAGUUAUCAGAAAAUGGAUCAGAACGGAAAUAUAAAUGUAUUUCUCUCGUCAGAUAUCCACCAUCCGAAUAUCCAGUGUUGGCAUUUUCAUCAGCACCGGCCGCAUUUCCAUCACGAGAAGAAGAUCAACCGCUACAGAAAUAUUUGUUAUGGAAUCCUUCGAUUCAACAAAAGGCAAUUCAAUUCAUCAAUCAGCAUCUGAAAAGACCUUUUAUCGGUAUACACCUACGUAAUGAUGUUGACUGGGACAACGUUUGUAAACAUAUUGGUGAAGAGGGACAAACGGGUAAUCUGUUCGCAUCAGCGCAAUGCACUGGUUAUUCGGGUGAAUUCGGA